CCGACGCGCGCGCCGCCUGAGGCGAGGGGCUGAGGAGACAGCAUGGUGGCCAUGGCGGCGGGGCCGGGCUGGGCCGAGGGCGUCCGCCGCCUGCUCCGAAAAUUCACCUCGUUCCGCCAGCCAGGCUCCUCCCUGCCGGACUGCCUGCCGUUGGUGGUGGGGGAGGAGGCGGUGGGGCUGGUGCCUCCGGCCGUGGCGCGGGAGCUGAGCGGCUUCCCCGAGGUGUUCUCCGUGUGGGAGGAGGCCCCGGGCCGGGGCUGCGUGCGGCUCAGCGAGGCGCUCACCUCCUGUGCGCCGCGCACCGCCGCCGUGGCGCGGGUGCUGGCCGAGCUGCGGGCCCGGGACACCUUCCCGGCGCUGGCCCUCUGGAGGGACGAGCUGUACGAGGUGAAGCUCCGCUUCGGAGAUCCGCCCCUGCUGCACGUGGAGCGAGCUGCCACCCCCCUGCUGGGCUUGGUCCAAUACGGGGCUCAUCUCAACGGCUACGUGUUGCGAGAUGGAGAGCUGUUCAUGUGGUUGGCGCGGAGGUCCCUGAGCAAAACCACGUACCCGGGCCUUUUGGACAACUUGGCUGCCGGGGGUAUCAGCUCAGGGCUGGGCGUGAAGGAGACGCUGAUAAAGGAAUGCUGGGAAGAGGCUCGCAUCCACCCUGAGCUGGCGGCUCAGGCUCUGCCUACCGGCUGCAUCAGCUACGCCUACGAGGACAAGUUGAAAGGGGUGGUGCGCGAAUGCCUGUUCGUCUUUGAUCUGGAGAUGCCAGCGGACUUUGUGCCCACCGUGGGAGAUGGAGAGGUUCAGGAGUUCUACCUCUGGCCGAUCGAUAAGGUCCGAGAGGCCGUGAGCAGCACCAACUUCAAGCCCAACUGUGCCCUCGUGGUCCUGGACUUCCUUCUCCGCCACGGGCUCCUGGAGCCAGACCACGAACCGCUGUAUGUGGAAUUGGUCUCGGGGCUCCACCAAGUACCCUAGCUGGCCAGGAGUGUACUCUCCCCCAACCCCGCUGGCUGACAAGCGCCCCCGCCCGCUGCCGGGGCCAGCGGAGGAAGGUCUCAGCCGUCGCUCCGCCUUGGGGACCAAGAAGGGACUGAGGGCUUUUCGGUUUUUAUUACAAAAGAAUGUGACAGUGCAUCGCUUCCCAAUAAAGACGCAAACUGAA